AUGGCUGUAAUGACCCCCGCCGAACGGUUCGCCCUCAUCACAGAGAACCUCCAGGAGGUUCUGAACCCGGAUCUCAUCAAGGCGAUCCUGGAGGAAGGAAAAAACCCACGUGUCUACUGGGUGCCGGCCAUCAAGAUUGCGCAGCUCCUGGCUGCGGGUUGCGAGAGCACGAUCGAAGUCGUCGAACAUCGAGCGAAAUACUACCAGUUCAUCGUUACUGCCAUGCUGCAGGCAGUGGGGGUUUCCACCGAAAAGCUUCGGUUUGUCCUCGGCAGCUCUUACCAAACCACGACGAAAUACUGCAUGGAUAUGUUCCGGUUGUCGACUCUGGUGUCGGAGCACGAUGCGCGCAAGUCGGCCGCCGAGAUCGUCAAACAGUCCGCGAACGCGCCGCUGAGCGGUCUGCUCUACCCGAUUCUCCAGGUGUUGGACGAAGAGUAUCUGGAUGUUGAUGUGCAGUUCGGUGGUAUGGAUCAGCGAAAACUGUUCGCCGCAUCCACGGAAUGGCAUCCCAAGCUGGGCUACCGGAAGCGGGCGCAUCUGCUGAACCCCCUGGUCCCCGGUCUGUCGGGCGGCAAGAUGAGCUCCAGUGAAGCAGACAGCAAAAUCGAUUUGCUAGAGCCCGAGGAGAGUAUUCGGAAGAAGAUCCGCAAGGCCCAGGCGGCUCCCCGCGAAACCGAGAACAACGGACUCCUUGCCUUUGUGCAGUACGUUCUUAUUCCGGCCUCCGGCUUGAAGGACGGUAACCCGGGCUUCCGGGUAAGCCGCGAGCGGGACGGCCUAGAGCCCCUGGUUUACACCAAUAUCGAGCAAAUGCUGGAGGAUUAUAAGAGUGACAUUCUGUCACCGCAGCUGUUGAAACCGGCAGUGGCUGAUGCCAUUGUUGAAUUGACGGCACCGAUCCGGGAGGCGUUCGAAAAAUCCCCUGAAUGGCAAGAGACCGCGAAGAAAGCCUACCCACCGCCGCCCCCGAAGGUGAAGAAGGAGAAGAAGCAGAAGGAUAAGAAGCCGAAGGACAAAGCUCCUGGCAACCCUGGCACCGGGGAGGCCGAGACGCCUAGCGCUGACGGUCAGUAG